AUUCCCAAAGAAACACCAAAUCCUCAACGCACACACAGCACAUUUUCACAAUACAUCAUAGCACAGCAUAGCAUCCACUUGUGUUGUUGCUGCCAAUAAUCAUUCACACCUCAUCAUCAUCAUCUCCAACACACUUUGUUUUCCUCUCAAAAUUCUUCUUCAUCUUCUACUUCUCUCUAACCAACAAUAACAACUAACAACUCAUGGAAGAUCUUCCACAAGGUUACCGUCCCAACGUUGGUGUCUGUCUCAUCAACUCUGAUGAUCAGAUAUUUGUGGCUUCUAGAUUGAAUGUUCCAGGAGCAUGGCAAAUGCCUCAGGGAGGUAUUGAAGAAGGUGAAGAACCGAAAUCUGCUGCUAUUAGAGAACUUCGAGAAGAAACUGGAAUUGUAUCAGCCGAGAUAAUUGCUGAGGUUGAUAAAUGGUUGACAUAUGACUUCCCUCCUGCUGUGAAGGCUAAAGUCAAUCGUCUCUGGGGAGGUGAAUGGCACGGACAAGCGCAGAAAUGGUUUCUCAUGAGAUUAACAAAAGAUGAGGGUGAAAUCAACUUAGCUACCGGUGAAGCAGACCCCGAAUUUGCAGAGUGGAAAUGGGCAAACCCUGAAGAAGUUAUUGAGCAGGCGGUGGACUACAAGAGACCAACCUAUGCAGAAGUUGUAACAACCUUCAUGCCUUACUUUCAAGGAAAUGCAAUAUCUGCAAAAUGUAAAUCAACAAAGUGGUGAAUUUUAUGAGUGUGCAUUGUAGUUUAAUCCAUCUUCUUAUCUAAUUUCACUUGGAUUUGGAUUUGCUGCGGUCACAAAUUCCACGCAUUCAUGCAGUCAGCACAUCGAUGACCUUUGUUUCAGGAUUGGACGAUCUAGAUUUCGACCACACGUUUUAGAGUUUUAGAAAAUUCAAAAUAUGCAUGUUUUCUGCACUGUCCAAUCUCGACCCAACAGUCAUCGAUGUGCUGAAUUCGUAAACUUGUGAUGAAGCAAAUCCAAAUCCAUUUUACUUACUGAGUUUGGAUAUAACACUCAGUUAUUUGUAAAUGGAUGGUAGUUAGAACUUCUCAUUAGUUACUUGCUUCUUGUAAUAAUAAGAUGUGUGCAAAUGCCAAGUUGGUUUUCUAAA